UUCUGAUUGGUUUCUGGACGUAGUUUGGGGUUGGGAGCCGUCGUCCUGGCUCGAUUCAUUCUGCCCGGAGCCCCGCCCACCCGCCUGCCCGCUGCCCCUUUCGGCGGCCACGGCUGCGGCUGCGGCUGCGGCGGUGGGACGGAGGGCGGCAGCGGGAACGGCGCGCUCGGAGGCGGCGGAGCGGCCGCGCAGCGGCCAUGGCACCCCCGUGGGGGCGUUGCUCUCGGCGGCGGCUGGACGGCGACGGCGGCGGCGGCUGCGGGCAGCCAUGGCGGCGUUGAAGGUGGAAGCCGAGCAGCGUGGCUCAGCGGAGGCGGUGCACUUCGACAUGGCUGUCUACGACGGAGACGAGGCCGAGAAGGCAUUCUUUGUGGAUUGGGGGCAUGCCCCAUGGAGGUGAACUCCAGAGAGCAGUACAACUUCGUAGAGCACCACGACACCGCCGAGCAGCACGAAGAUGACGGACAACAGCACGACUCCAGAGAGCAGUACGAACGAGUCCAGGGAGCACCACGACAACGCCGAUCAGCACGACGAUGACGGACAGCAACACUAUUCCAGAGAGAAACGCGACUCCGGAGAGCACCACGACACCGCCGACCACAACCACACGACGACGGACAGCAGUUCGACCCCAGAGAGCAGCACUGCUCCCGAGAGCGCGACGACACCGCCGACCAACACUUUGAUGACGGACAGCAGUGCGGCACUGGAGAACAGCACGACCACGGAGAGCAGCACGACUCCAGAAACGAGGGCGGGACGUUGCGGACACCACCGAGACAGCGCUGGGGCCCAGAGGAGGAGGAGGAGGAGGAAAUUUAGGUCUUGAUUUCUCUGCUGCUGCCCUUGAACCUCGCUCGACCAGGCAAGGGCGCAGGGGGCAAGCUCGCGCUCGGGCCCGCAAGCUCAUGCACUCUGUCAAGCAUGGUCGGCAGUCUCGUUUGCACACUGUGCUGCAGGCUGUCUUGACCUCCUCGAAGUAGACGUGUACGGCACCAGCAGUUCCGCUUUGCGCGAGGCUCGCGCUCAGCGGGCUCAUGUUCAGAGUUUCAGUCUCGCCGGGAAAAGCGUUUCUCUCAUGCUGAUGUUGUCGCCUGCUCUCUGCGAUCCUGCUUACCGCCUGCAGCUUGAUCCUUUCGUCAGUUUUGCCGCUGCCGUGUGGGAUGAGCUUCUUCACAGGAAAGUGUUGCUCCAAGGGCUUGUUUCCGCGGUGGCUGCGCUUCGGGACCAUGGGAAUCCCUGGGC